GUGAAGACUGCUCAUCACCUUCAAUUCACACAUACCCUCCAAAGUCACCUCACCUCGGUCUCGAUCCCUAAUCCAUGCGAAUCCAAACCAUGUACAUGUCCACACCGAGAUGUAUCUUCCUCGCAGCUUGAUCUCGCAGUUAUACACCAACCUGGUCAAGUCUCACCAUCCGCUGUCGCCUCCAGUCCUCCUCCUUGUCGCGCUCGAACCCGAUGCAUUAUGUGCCUGCCGCAUUCUUGCCGCUUUAUUGAAGCGAGACUAUAUCCCACACAAGAUCCAGCCUAUUUCCGGCUAUGCUGAUCUCUCCCGCGCGGGCCAGGACCUUGUCCGGCCCAUGAAAACAGACCAAGGUGGUUCCGGAGGCGUGGUCGUGUGCCUGGGAGUUGGUGGCCUGGUCGACCUGGGUUCUCUAUUGGCGUUAGAAACAGACGAUGCCCAGGACUCUAUGGGUGGUGUUGAGGUCUGGGUGCUUGAUGCUCGACGUCCUUGGAACCUAGCCAAUGUGUUUGGGGGUAUUCCAACCGAUGCAAAUCAAAAUCAAGACGACGUCACUCAACGGCCAAGAUACUCUGGUGUUGAAAAGGGCUGCUUACAACGGUCGUACAAAUCAGGCAGAGGUGGUAUCAUUGUCUUUGACGAUGGUGAUAUCUCCGGCGCACUCGAAACAGAACGGGAUGCAUACUGUGCUUUGGCUGAUAUGCCUGAACUCGAGGAUUCAGACAGUGAUGACGAUGAAGAUGAUGACGAAGACGAUAGUAAUGACGAAGAAAGUGAUGGAGAGGACGAUGCGAGGGAAAACGACUCAAACGCUCAAGAUGGCGUCGACAACGGCAAGAAAAGGAAAUCCUGGUCCGAUAGAGACGACGAAGAGGGCGAAAGUGGUGAUGACGAGGAAAGACCGCGUCAACGGCGGAGGGCCAAUUCAGGCUCUUCCAUCAAUUCCACUCCCCGAAGCCAGAGUCCAUCUUCCUCUCAGCCAGUCUCCCCUACCUCAAAGUCACAUUCCCCUAAACAACCCUCGGCAAAACAACUCCGUCGACGGCUCAAAAAGCUCCGACGAUCCCACGAAAAAGUCCUCGACAAGUACUACAAUCGAGGCAUGUCAUACUCAGAACCAAUCUCCACUCUCGUCUAUUCUCUAGCGUCAGACCUUGGGCGAGAGGACAAUGAUCUUUUAUGGAUGGCAAUCGUCGGUGUGACCUCACUGGAGUUGUCCGGCUAUACAUCAACCGGAUUCGGAGACUCAGUCACGAAACCCUCAGAAUUGCCAGACCAAGACCGUGAUCAAUCAUGGCGGUCAAACAGAUCACGCCAGACAUAUGCCAUUCUCCGGGAUGAGACUCGUCGACUCAACCCACCGCCCAAGGACCAAUCCCCUUCAGUUUCUCCCGGAUCCGGAGGUGUGAAUUCUCCAAGCGACAAUUCCAUUCGCCUCACCCCAGAUCCCCGCUUUCUCCUCCUCAGACAUUGGUCGUUGUACGAUAGUAUGCUUCAUUCGCCCUAUCUCGCGUCUCGCCUGCGCAUCUGGAACGAGCAUGGCGUCAAACGACUACACAAACUCCUGGCCAAAAUGGGUGUUAGUCUGAAUCAGUGUAAACAGACAUACACCCAUAUGGACAUGGACCUCAAAAAGACCUUGCGAGAACGUCUGUUGAAAUACGCGCCCGUCUACGGCCUCGACGAUCUUGUCCCAUCAGGCGCCGGACGAUUCACCUAUGAUCAAGAAGGAUGGGGAUUCAUCCGUUCGUGGGGUUGGAAAGCCCAACUCUCCGCCAUUGACGUCGGUCUCAUCCUCGGAGCCAUUCUCGACGUUGGCCCUGCCGCCAACACGCACUCAUCCUCCUCAACUCCACCCUCAUCCCAUCUCCAACCUAAUCCAUCUCAAUCACAACGCACCAACCCAGAAAACCCAGACAUCCCCGAACGAUCCGCCACACUCAUCCCACGAUUCUUCACCGCCUACGACGCCCUCUCCCCACACCAUCCCUCACAACUCCUCGCCUCAGUUCCUCAAGCACAACACCUCCUCCGCGCCAUCCUCCGCACAGGAUCAUCUCUCCUGGUCAAACAUCAAAUCCGACAUCUACGUGCCUUCCGUAUGGGUGUUGUCAAAGAUGGACCCGACCUAGCUCUCUUCGCCAAUUCUCCCGGCGCACUAGUCAAACUAGCCCUAUGGGUCGGCGAAGCCGUCGCGGUAAAUGAACGGGAACGAGAUCGUGACCAUGAAUCCAAGGACCCUAUCACCCCCGCAGCCGCCACCCCAUUGGUCCUAGCCGCCCUCGACGAAGCCAGAGGCACUUAUGUCGUCGUUGGUACCGGUGGAUCCGAACUGAGUAAUCGCUUCGGCCUGGCGUUUCAGGAAGUCGUCGAUGAAACUGACGCUCGUGUCAAGAUCGACAGUUUCGACAGUUCCAUUGUCGAGGUCAGGAAAGAUGAUCUGGCUGCAUUUCUCGAAGCACUCAGUUUGAAAGCAGUUGUCGGUUAAACUUGUGUGUGAGCCUGGAUA